AAAGCCAUCGUUUUGCCCAGCCUUGCAAGGCUGCAAAUGCUCGGUUUCUGCCGGUCUUUAUUGGCGGUCAGGAGUGAAGAGCGGAGCUACACCUGUCUCUUUUGGGAUUAGUCUCCAGUGAUGGUCCCCACUUCGACUCGAACCAAGUCGGCGAUUCGUUCAUCCCGACUUGCCGACUUCCUGACGGGCCUGACUAACCGCCUUCUUCCCUCCCUCCAGCCCCCAUCACGAGACCGAACAGAGAGACCGACCGGAGACUCGGAAUACUUCCUGUACUUCCCAUUCAUACACUUGAAAUCAUUGACAGGCUUGCCAGGUGGUUGCUUGCUUGCUUGCUUGCUUGCUUGCUUGCUUGCUUCAAGAGCGCAGCAUGACGGACGGCAAACACUACUACUCAUACUCACAGUGAUUCCUUCGGUCACUAAGUCCGCCCGCGCCGGUUCAAUAGUUUAUAUAUUUACCCGGUUUAUCACAAAAAGAAAAAAAAAAAAAAGAACAAGCAUUAAGAGUAUCUUGAUCACCUCCAGGUAACAGCGGAGAAGAGACCUAACUGGUCGACACUGAUGGAACAGCUGUGGUCAACCAAUGUGCCGGGCACGAACAAGGAAUAACUAGCAGAUACCUCACACUACAGCACGGUACGCCUGAUUUGGCCGGGCCCAGCGAUGCAAUGUCUCCUGCAGGUCACUCCCAACCAAGCAAGCAACCCAACCAUGUGUCCAACCCGUGAUCUCUGCACUCGGGGACCAUCAGCACAAGGUGUCCAAAACGGCAACCGUUCAACUGUCC